AUGUUCCUUCUUCUGGUCCUUCUCACCCGACUUGGAGAGCUGCACGCAGACCCCCAUCCCGAUAAAACAUUUCUGGAAACCACAAUUCCUGAAAAGAUUUCAUCAUCUGAUGCAAAAACAGAUCCAGAAAAUAAUAUUGCUUAUAUCAUUACAAUAAAAGGAAAACCGUAUUUUGUCCAUCUCAGAAAGCAAUCAUUUUUAUCUUUGGUUUCUGUUGUUUACUUUUAUGACAAAGAUGACAUCCAAUAUUCUAAGCCUUUGUCAGCUCAGAUGGAUUGCAAUUAUCAAGGAUAUGUUGCAGGUUUUCCAAAUUCUCUUGUGUCACUCAACACUUGUUCAGGACUCAGGGGAACAUUGCAGCUUAAAAACAUCUCAUAUGGAAUUGAACCAAUGGAGGCCGUAUCAGGAUUCGUGCACAUGAUUUAUGAAGAAAAAAAUGAUAACACUAAUAUUCCUCUUUUAGGAGAAAAUAAGACUUAUAGCUAUAAUAACUUAUAUUAUCACAUCAGAAGGAGUUCAGAAAGAACUGAAUUUUUCAAGUUAUACCCUCAAUAUCUUGAAAUAUAUAUUGUUGUGGAUAAAAAUCUGUGUGAUUACAUGGGCUCUGAUAUAAAGGUUGUAACACAGAAGAUUAUUCAGAUAAUUGGCUUUGUUAACACUAUACUUUCACAGUUAAAACUGACUGUUGUAAUAUCUUCCAUAGAAAUCUGGUCAAAUAAAAACAAAAUUUCUACUACAGGGAAUCCUAAUAUUAUAUUAUCUAGAUUUUUAGAAUGGAAAUACAAACAUGUCUCCCAACCUCAUCAGACUGCAUACUUAUUUGCCUUCAAGAAACAUCCUAGUUUUAUAGGAGCCACAUUUCCUGGGAAAAUAUGUAAUAAGAAUUAUGCUGUAGGAGUUGCUCUGUAUCCAGAGGAUUUAUCCCUGGAGUCAUAUACUAUCAGUAUUGUGCAGUUGCUUGGCUUUAAUCUGGGAUUGAGUUAUGACAAUCCUGACACUUGUUAUUGUUCAGAAGAUGUUUGCACAAUGUCACCUAAAGCAGUGCAGUCUCGGGGUGUAAAGGAUUUUAGCACCUGUACGUUGGAUGACUUUAAAUACUUGGCCUCACAUUCCGGCCUUGGAUGUCUUCAGAGAAUCCUUCCUGAAAUGCCAGUUUAUAAACAACAAAAGAAAAGGACAUGUGGCAAUGGACAAUUGGAACAGGGUGAACAGUGUGAUUGUGGCACUGUAAAGAAUUGUACACAUAAAGACUGCUGUGAUCCUAAAACAUGUUCAAUGAAAGCAAAUAAACAGUGUGGCUCCGGGGAAUGUUGCACACAAGAUUGCAAGCUAAAAUCAAUUGGUAUACAGUGUAGGAAAUCAUAUGACGAAUGUGAUUUCACUGAAUAUUGCAAUGGAGUUUCCCCACACUGUAUGCCUGACACUUAUGCACGUAAUGGACAAAGUUGUGAUUCAGGCGAUUCCUUCUGUUACAAAGGACGAUGUCGCAUAUUUACCAAACAGUGUAAAGAAUUGAUUGGAGGAGUGUCCUGGUCCUCCUCUUUCUGCACACCUGGUUGUUACUAUGAUCCAAAGACAAAAUUUACUCAAAAAUACUGUGUCAACUUUAACUGUGUAGAAAUUCAAUACCAGGUAAAUUAUCAGACGUGCAAUUCUUCUCAUCAUUGCAAUAGCCAUGGAAUUUGCAACAAUUUGAAUCACUGCCAUUGUCAAAAUGGGUUUGCUCCUCCUGAAUGCCUGGAGAAGAAGGGAGAAUUUGGAAGCAUAGAUGAUGGACACAUACCUCCAUCUGGUAAAAGUGAUUUGGGGGGACGAUCUACCACUCCUUCAAAACACCGAUUUGAACUCAUUUUCUACAUUUCUCUACCUCUGCUCAUCAUCACUGCUGCUGUUGUAAUAAAGCAGAAUAAAAUAAGAGAGCUGUGCUACAGGGGGGAAACUGAAAGUGACAGAUCUGUGUCAGAAGAAAGCAGCAGUAACAGCAAAUUAUCCCCCAGUGAAAGGUGA